AUGCCUUCCAACUCGUCCCAAUACUCCUCCACCUCGACCUCCGGGUCCCGGUCAGGCGCCUCCUACGACCGCGAGCACCGCGAAUACAACGCAGCCGCGUACAUGUCCACGUCUACCACCAGGGGCAAAGUCGUCAUCCACAACCACAACCAGGGAAUGGACGAUCCCUACGCUCCUAGCCCUUCGUCCUACGGCUCCCACGCCUACACCUCCACAGCUUCAUCCUCAUCCAAGUCGAGGUCUUCCUCCAAGCGUUAG